AUGUCCGCAGCGGAGGCAUUGCGGCCUCUGCUACGGCCAGGGAUCAGGUUGCUCGCACAGCAGCACCCCUACAGGCCGAUUGGUCUCUCCAGAGCUAGAGCUGCUGCUGCUGCUGCUGUUGUUGUCCCUGCAGCUCGGCCGGCAUCGCAGUGUCUGAGCUGCAGCACGGUCCGGGCGUGCAUCCGCUCCUACUCGACAUCCCCUCCUGCUCCUCCAGGGGGCGGUAAACCCCCGCCGCCGCCGUCGAGCCGCGAGGAUGAGCUGUCGUCCAUCCUGUCCUCGGUCAGCAAACCGCCCAAGUCGACCACCAUACCCGACGACCCCACGACGACGCAACCAGGCACAUCACCAGAGUCUUCCCCCUUCUCGCCUUCAACAACAGCUCCCACCACCGACUCCUCGUCAAAACCCACCGCCCCCGAUGGCCACUCCUCCUCUUCCUCCCCCACCGCCUCGCCAUCCUCCUCCUCCCCCCCAGCAGCAGCCGACCUCCCCUCCGCCGCCGAGUCCCGCCGCGCGCCCCUCUCGGCCCGCUUCUCCACCCUCAUGGACAACCUGCAGUCCCGCGUCUUCGUCGCCUCGCAGGCCCUCAACGACCUGACGGGCUACUCGGCCAUCGAGGCCAUCAAGCAGCGCAACAACGACCUGGAGCGCGCCCUCGCGCACGCGCAGUCGCGCCUGCGCGCCGCCCGCCGCGCCUACCAGGACGUCAACGAGCGCCGCGCCUCGACCCAGCGCGAGGUGACCACCCUGCUCGCCCGCAAGGACGCCUGGUCCCCGGCCGACCUCGAGCGCUUCACCUCGCUCUACCGCCUCGACCACGAGCUCGAGGCCGGGGUGGCCCGCGCGGGCGCCGACCUGACCGAGGCCGAGGCCGACGAGUCCCGCCUCGGCGCCGAGCUCAACGCCGGCAUCCUCAAGCGCUACCACGAGGAGCAGGUCUGGAGCGACCGGAUCCGCCGGCAGAGCACGUGGGGCACGUGGGGCCUCAUGGGCGUCAACGUCCUGCUCUUUAUCGUCUUGCAGUUCUUCGCCGAGCCCUGGAAGCGCCGCCGGCUCAUGCGCGGGAUGGCCGAGCGCGAGCAGGCCGUGCUCGACGAGGUCCGGCGCGAGCUGGGCGAGGUCAAGGGCGCGCUCGAGGCCUCCGCCGCCGCUACUACUGCUGCUGCAGCGGUGCACACGCAGGCGCAGCCUCUGGCGGAGACGAAGAAGGCGGAUCCGGCCGCGGCGGCAGGGAAGCCCUCCGCGCAGGCGACGGACCAAGCGGCCUCGUCGCCCUGGCCCGACAAGACGGUCGGAGGCGCGCUGUCGUGGCGAGAGUUCCUGACCGACGCGGCUCGGUGGAAGCCCGCGGUGGGAGACCUCUUCAGCGAGAGGCUCGUCGCCCUCAAGAUGCGCGACGCCUCGCUGCUAGCCCUCGAGGGCGCGGUAGCGGGCGCCACGAUGGCCGCGGGGGUCGCGUUUCUUUUGCUCCGCCGGACGUGA